CGUUUGAACCUGCAAGUCCUGGAAAAUGAGCCUUUUGCGAUUGAACAGGCUGUUUCAACUUGUCCAUAAGCAACGCAUUUGCCUUAAAAGUGGCCACAUGCUAAGAUGCCAAAAUAGUUUACCAUACAGUACUAUAUAUGGAAGUUCAGCGGUAAGGUUAGCUUAUGAAAGCAUUGAUGCAACCACUGAUGGGGAAAAGCUACCUCCUCUGGUUAUUCUGCAUGGCCUGUUUGGAUCCAAACAAAACUGGAGAACACUUGCCAAACUGUUCCACAAGGAAACUGGUAGGCAGAUAGUAACAGUUGAUGCAAGAAAUCAUGGAGAAAGCAUGCACAGUCCAGAAAUGAACUAUUUUGUUCAAGCUGUUGAUGUAUGGAAUUUGUUCCAAGAGCUGGAGCUUUCCAGGGCAGUGCUGAUGGGUCACAGUAUGGGUGGAAAAACAUCAAUGACAUUUACUCUGUGUCAUCCUGAAUAUGUGCACAGCCUCAUAGUUGUUGACAUGUCUCCUGCCAAAAUUGGUGUGGAUAAAGAUAUCCCAAGUUAUUUAGCAGCAAAGCGGGGAAUGAAUUUAAGUCUCAUCAGGGACAAACGAGAUGCUGAAAAGAUGUUGGUGGAUGUCGUACCUGUGAGUAAAUAUUUUAGUGAUGGAACGAUUGCACCUUAUGAAAGCAUUGAUGCAACCACUGAUGGGGAAAAGCUACCUCCUUUGGUUAUUCUGCAUGGCCUGUUUGGAUCCAAACAAAACUGGAGAACACUUGCCAAACUGUUCCACAAGGAAACUGGUAGGCAGAUAGUAACAGUUGAUGCAAGAAAUCAUGGAGAAAGCAUGCACAGUCCAGAAAUGAACUAUUUUGUUCAAGCUGUUGAUGUAUGGAAUUUGUUCCAAGAGCUGGAGCUUUCCAGGGCAGUGCUGAUGGGUCACAGUAUGGGUGGAAAAACAUCAAUGACAUUUACUCUGUGUCAUCCUGAAUAUGUGCACAGCCUCAUAGUUGUUGACAUGUCUCCUGCCAAAAUUGGUGUGGAUAAAGAUAUCCCAAGUUAUUUAGCAGCAAAGCGGGGAAUGAAUUUAAGUCUCAUCAGGGACAAACGAGAUGCUGAAAAGAUGUUGGUGGAUGUCGUACCUAAUGCAUUUUUGAGGUCAUUCUUCUUAACGAACCUUGUAAAAACAGAAAUUGGAUUUAAGUGGAGAAUUAAUCUAGAAGCCCUAGAAAACAACCUUUCAGAAGUGUCAGGCUUUCCAACAGAUUUUCCACACCAAGAAUUUAAUGGAAAGACACUUUUUGUUGGUGGAGCUAAAUCAGACUAUGUCCGGUUAGAGGAUUUCCCUGAAAUUCACAGACUUUUUCCCAGAGCUGACAUUAAAUUUAUACCAGACAGCGGGCACUGGCCUCAUGCAGAGAAACCAAAGGAAUUUUCACAGACUGUGAUAGACUUCUUAGAUGAAUGUCUCCAAGGUCAUGAAGGGCAGCAGUUAGAUGAUAACUGAGAUAUACCAUAUAUUUAUAUUGUCAGUAGUAUAUUACAACAUAAACAUCAAAAGGGUCUGUAAACCACUUAUUUUUUUCACACCACUUUAUUGUUGUCAGAUUAUGUUUUGUAUAUAGUUUUAAGGGUAUUUAACAAGAACAAAAUAGAGCCUUCAAUAUUCUUAGUUCAAUGUACUGGACAUAACCAGUCUGUUUCGACUUAACACAUUUUUAAAAUAAAGUACUGCUGUUAAGUCAUGUAAGAUUCUGCACAAUGUAAAAUCAAGUUUUAAAAUGAGUUGAGGUCAACUCUUUACUGUCAUUUUAAUAAAAAGAUAUGACCAUAUUUUUUUUUACAAAAUCAGAAAUGAAGGAGGCAAAUUUCAGAAGAUUCACAGCUAGUAGAUAAAAAAAAUAAUAUUCUAAAUUUUGACCAUUUAUCAUCUGGCUUCAUGAAAUUAAUUCUAUAAAAUAUUCAUAUUUAAUUUUUCACCUGUACGAAAAAUAUUUGAAAAAUAAGUGCUUUUACAGAGUUAGUUAAUUUAAAAUAUUUUAUAGAAGAAAAAUUAUGUAUUUGUACAUUUUUGUCAGUUGAUAUUUGAGUCAUGAUCUUUGAAGGUGGGAGAGGUCAACAGAGGACUCGGGACCAUAUGACAUGGAUUUAUGACAGGUGUUUCAUUUUGUUAAAAAUAAAUUUGUUUUACUAAAUAAAUUGUGGAGACCCAUGACAUGGAAUUAUGGCUAGAGUCUCGGUUCACAAACAAUUUCAAUUUUUUCUUUUUUAAUAACUCAAAUAAACAAAUGCACAUAUAAAAUUAUAGUACUUUUACUUCAAAUGGUGUUAAUUGUUGGUCUUUCCCGGGGUCUCUCAUCUUCCCAUCCUACCAGAGUGAGAAAAUAGGGCAGGACGAUGAGAGACCUGAGACUGAGGUUGGCUGUUGGCUGUAAUGAAUACAUGUUUAAAACUGCAACUUUACUAAAAUAAGAAUAGUGAAAACACAACACAAAAUAGCAACAGUCAAACUUUUAAAGUUUAGAAAUUCAAUACCUUAUUAAAGGGAAUAUGACAUUUAAAAACAUUUUGAACAAAUCAAAACAAAACAAACUCUUCAACAAUGAUGCUUCCAUUAAAAUAUUUAAAAUACUUGCAAAACACUUAAUCAAACCACGCCCAUCAAAAGAGUGCAGAUUCCUCACUUGGGUCAAGGGGUAUUCUGGUUCAAAACAAAUCAUCAAAAAUUAUGUUGACUACUGUCACGCUUAGUGAAGUUUAGAUUUAGCACAAAAUCUCAAAUUUGCAAUGGAACAUAAUUUUGGAUUGUAAAUGAAAUAAUGUGAAACACAAUGUACCUUGUUAAGACUCCACACAAGGGGAUGUUUUGUUGCCCUUUAUGCUAUG